UACUAUGUCGAACAUUGACGCACUUUCUAUCAACACUAUCAGAGCUUUGGCUGCUGAUAUUACUUUUGAAGCUAACUCUGGCCAUCCUGGCGCGCCAAUGGGCUGUGCACCACUGGCCCAUGUACUGUGGAAGGACUUUAUUCGAUGCAACCCAAAGAACCCUAACUAUCCCAACCGUGAUCGCUUUGUUCUCUCCAAUGGCCAUGCCUGUGCAUUGCAAUACAGUGUUCUCCAUCUGCUUGGAUAUGACGUGACCAUGGACGACUUAAAGCACUUCCGAAAACUCAAUAGCAGAACUCCUGGUCAUCCGGAGCGAGGUCAUACUUCUGGUAUCGAGGUGACAACUGGUCCUUUGGGUCAAGGCAUUACCAACGCUGUCGGUCUAGCGAUCGCUGAAGCCAACCUAGCUGCUACAUUCAACAAGCCAGGAUAUGAAGUCUUUAGCAACUACACAUAUGCCCUCAUGGGCGAUGGCUGUAUGCAAGAAGGUAUUUCCUCAGAGGCAUGCUCCCUUGCAGGUCACCUUCAGCUUGGAAAGCUCAUAGUCCUAUAUGACGACAACAAAAUUACCAUCGAUGGUGAUACUGCCUUUUCAUUCACUGAAGAUGUAAACAAGCGUUUUGAAGCUUAUGGCUGGCACGUUCAGACAGUCGGUGAUGGUGACGAGAAUACAAGUGCCAUCAAGCAGGCCGUGGAAGCCGCUCAAAAAGUCACUGACAAACCGUCGCUUAUCAAAGUCCGAACUACUAUUGGUUUUGGUUCAAAGAACCAGGGUAAGGAAUCUGUGCACGGUUCCCCUCUCGAUGCGGAGGACAUCAAGAGUGCAAAGAAGCGAUUUGGCUUUGAUCCUGAAAAGACAUUUUCCAUCUCUCAAGAGGUUUAUGACUACUGGCACAAGUUUACCGAGAAAGGUGUAAAAGCUGAAAAGGAAUGGAACGACCUUGUAGCAAAGUACCAAAAGGAAUUCCCCGAAGAAGGUGCUGAACUCAAGCGUCGCUUAGAGGGAAAACUACCCAAAGACUGGUCCAAGGAUCUGCCUCGGUAUACGCCAAAUGACAAGCCUGUAGCUACAAGAAAGAAUUCAGAGGCUACUCUCACCAAGCUUGUCGAGGUCUUACCUGAGCUUAUUGGCGGUUCUGCAGAUUUGACCCCUUCCAACAACACUCGAUGGAAGGGAGCUGUUGACUUUCAACCUCCCUCCACUGGAAUCGGUGAAUACUCGGGUAGAUAUAUUCGCUAUGGUGUCCGUGAACAUGCCAUGUUCGGUAUCAUGAAUGGUAUUGCUGCAUACCAAGGUCUGAUUCCCUACGGCGGAACUUUCCUCAAUUUCUUGACCUACGGUUGGGGUGCUGCAAGACUUGCUGCUUUGUCUCAUCUCCGUACCAUCUUCGUCAUGACUCACGAUUCCAUUGGUCUUGGAGAAGACGGCCCUACUCAUCAGCCUAUCGAAACCUUGGCUAUAACAAGAGCAACACCUAACAUGCUAACAUUUAGACCUGCUGAUGGUAACGAGACCACUGGUACUUACAUCUGUGCCAUUGAGCAUUCAAACCGUCCAUCUGUUAUUGCUCUUUCCAGACAAAACCUACCACAGCUAGAGGGAUCGGCUGUAGAAAAGGUCAGCAAGGGUGCAUACGUUUUGCAAUGUCCAGGAAAGCCCGACGCCAUUAUUGUCUCUACUGGAUCUGAGGUUUGCAUUGCCGUCGAUACAGCUAAGAAGCUUAAGAGUGACGGAAUCAACGCCCGUGUUGUUUCCAUGCCAUGCAGCGAGUUAUUCGAUGAACAGCCAUUGUCAUAUAAGACAGAAGUAUUCCCAACUGGUGUACCCAUUAUUUCUUUGGAAGCAUUGUCUACUUUUGGAUGGCAGCGCUACUCUCAUGCUCAAGUUGGCAUGACCACGUUCGGUACCUCAGCAAAUUACACUGGUGCCUAUGAAUUCUUCAACAUCACCGCUGAGCACACUGCCAAGGUUACCAAGGAGACUAUUGACAAAUUCAAGAAAGUUGGACAUGUUCCCGAAAUAGCUUUCACUCAAAUCUAAGCAGUCUUUGAGAACAUUCUAAACACUCUUUAUUCAUCGAGAGAUUGAUUGUUUCUUCGAUGAAAAAGACUACCUUCCAGUUGCUUUGUGACUCUGAAAGAAUAUAAAUACUU